UGUUUGUUUACAUUGUGGGCGCCCUUCCCGUGAGUCGUGCCUGUGCCAUGACCAGCCUAGCCCUGGUGGCACUAAUCCUCCUGCAGUGCCACCAGGGGUCCCUAGAGUGCCAAGCAUCCCCCGGCACCUUCCCUCCUCUGGGGCCUGGCUGUGGGGAAUGCCAAGGGGGACAGUGGGGGUGGGGGAGUUGUACAGAUAAGAUAGAGAAUUUGGACGCUCGUGAUGGUGUGUGUGUGCGUGAUGCAUGUGUGUUGUUAGAAGCAACACACACACAGCACCUCAACACUGUGAAGGAUGAGGCAGAACAAGAAGCAACACUGGCAACACACACACACCACCUCAACACUGCAGAAGACAACACGCAGGGUCACACUACACCUCAAAGAACACUUGAAGCCAACACACAACACCCUAAAACUGCUACAGACAACACAAAACACCACAAAACAACACAAGACACACACACACACCACAAAACACACACGCAUCACAGGACACCCCAAACAACACAGGAAACACACACACACCACCACAGAACACCCCAAACACACACAAACCACCCCACAACACCACCACCACCACCACCACCACCACACACACACCAAACACACACCCUCAAAGAAAACCAUCCCAACAAACAAAGCCCAACUGAUACCCUCCGCCCCCUCCAUCCACCCACCUCCCUGGCACCCACAUCCACUUGGUGCCACACGAUGCCUCACUCCACCUUGCAAUGCCACUUUGAGAACCUUUACUACAGUCCGGUAUACCAAGAAUUUGCAUUUGUGCUCGGAAAAGACUCGGCACUGGAGGGUGUGGACAGCGUGGAGGCGUUACAGAACCGCCUCCACCUGUCUACAGCACUGGGACACAACGGUUUCCUCUUCCAUGUCACGGCUGUUCCACGCGAUGCAGUUCAAGGGGAGGUGUGGAGUCUCGAUCACCACACGCUUGUAAUGGCGCGUUUCAAGCCGGAUAAUUUGUUCCACGUGCUUCAUGACGAUGUGAUGCCGGUCUACUUCACUGUGCUGCGGCUGUGUGCUGUGCUCGGCUCACCCUGCCCACCCAUCACCCUGCUGGCGGUCGACGAACACACCGAGUCGCCCUACAGCGCCCUCUACAGUGCACUGGGCCACCAGCUCCUGCUAGCAAGGGACCUACAGAACAUUGUGUGGUUAAGACUCAGCCAGGCCACAGUGGGUCUCUCUCACCACAGUGUCUGGUAUCAGUACGGCUUCCGGCGACCACAGGGGCCAGUGGAGACGAGAUUGAGUGGCGCAGAGUUGAGAGAAUUUGCUGUGUUUGUGAUUUCCAGGCUUGGUGUGGGUAUAAACACCACCACUGAUGCUGUGAAGGAUGUUGGUGUUGCAGCGGAGAAUCUAUGGGGUGUGGGCGUUGAUACUGUAAAAGAUAUCCCCAAAAAUUCUUUAGAAACCCGUGAAAAUGACAUGGAAAACCUAGAAAAUUGUUUAGUAAGCCAAGGAAAUACCCUAGAAAAUGUAGGUAAUAGUUUAGACAUCUGUGGAAAUGCCCUACAAAGCACAAAAAAUACCCCAGGAUCAGCAAACAAGCCCAAGAACACACUGGAAAAUAUCCUAGAACCAGCAGAAAACACACUGGAAAAUACUCUAGGCUUGUCAAAUGCCCCAGAACACACCCCAGGCUUAGCAAACCUCCCAGAACCCACCCCAACUAACACCCCAGCCAGUCAGCCGAGCCCCAGCACCCGCCAGUCACCCCCCUUAGCUGUCCUCCUCACCCGACGCACGACGCGAAAAAUCCUCAACGAAAAACAACUGGCGGAGACGAUCCAACACGAACUGAACAAGACCUACGGGGAAGGAGUCGUUAGAAUCAUGUCGCUGGAGGAAGAUGGGCUGGACGAGGCUAUUAGGGCCGUUAGCCAAGCCCGAGUGCUGGUAGGGAUGCACGGGGCAGGCCUGGGGCUCGGAAUGUUUAUGUCCAGCGGUACCCUGCUGAUCGAGAUGUGGCCAUUUGGUGUGGACCCGGCGUCUGCGAGGGUGUACAGGGCCAUGUGUGGCCUGAGGGGCUUUGGGGUCACAUACAGGGCGUGGGUCAACGAGGAUGUGGGUAACACGCGCACACACCCACACUACCCGCCACACUUUGGGGGUGUUCGGCAUCUACCGCAGGAAGAGAGAAAGCGUGUUGUGUCGUCGCUACGCGGAGACAAGCUGGUGAAUGUGACGUGUUGCAUGGACGUUGACUGGCUCUACAGGAUAUACCAGGAUACGGUGGUCAGGUUGCACGCACAUGGCGACGCACACGGGCGCGCACAUGAGGCUCACACGCUCACAGACACACAUACAGAUGCACUUGAGGUUAACGCAGACAGAGAUGCACAUGAGGCUCACACGCUCACAAACACACAUAGACGCACACGUACAAAUGCACUUGAGGUUAACGCACACAGAGACGCACAUGGGGACGCACAUGAGGCUGACUCACACACAGACGCACAUAGAGACCCAGACGCACACACAGAUGCACAUGAGUGUGUUCUCAAGAGUGUUCCCUUCAGUGUGGUGUUGAGAGAGGGGCUGUCAUCACUACACUCAUCACCACAGUCACCACCAUUACAGUCAUCACCACAACCAUUGCUUCAGUCAUCCCUUGGGUCAUCACACACACUAAAAUCAAUGAACUCAUCACCACAAUCAUCACCAGGACCAUCACAGUCAUCACCACCACCACCUGAGUCAUCACAAACUCCCACAUCACCACUAGCAUCACCACCACAAACAUUUCACUCAUCAGAAGCACCAUCAUCAUCAUCAUCAUCAUCACAGUCAUCACCGCCACCACCGUCACCACCACAGCUGCCCCGCACACCCCCACCAGGCAGAGUCCACAAGCUGACGUGUUCCUUGCAGACACACAACGAAGGAACAAAACUGGAAUUAUCUUGGCAAACACCGUGGAUUGUCAGGUCUCUAGGGUGCGGUGACUUGGUGUACGAGGUGGUGAUGGCGGAGCACAGCGAGGCAAGGGCCAGUACGGUGUUUGUGAGGAGGGAACGCAUGGUGCUGGUGUUUAACAAGAGGCUGGGGUUUGUAGAUGUUUGGGUGACAAGUUUCUGUGAUGGUGUGGAGGGACUGGCUGUGUUUGUUAGGUGUGUGUUAGGUUAGGUGUGGUGUGUGUUAGGUUAGGUGUGGUGUGUGUUAGGUUAGGUGUGGUGUGUGUUAGGUUAGGUGUGGUGUGUUAGGUUAGGAGUGUUUGUGUGUGUUAGGUUAGCGGUGUUUUGGUUGGCUAUGUUAUUGUUUUGUUUAUUUAUUGUUUUUAUUCAGUUCAGCAUGUCCAGAGGUGGUGUUUGUGUGUGUUAGGUUACUGGUGUUUUGGUUGCUUUAUUUAAUUUUAUUGUAUUUUAUUUAUUUGUUAGUAUUUUUAUUUUUAUUUAUUUAUUUAUUUAUUUUAUUUCUGCUUGUGUUACAGUUGGCAGGUCUGAUAAGGACUGUGUCGUUUUCUGUCUCUUAUUUUAUGAUAUUUAUAUUGUAGUCUUUUAAAAGUUUUAUACACAAGGCAAAAUUUAUUAGAAAAUGGAAUUUGUAAUGAAUUAUGUAUUAAUUAUCAUUUUGUUGUUGAUGUUAUAAUAAUUUGAUGUAUUUCUUGGGCUGUGUUGAAAGCAGUUCCCAGUGUGAUGGUCUGCGGGGAAUACUGACCAUUAUAUUCCUUGUAUUUAUUGGGCUGUGCUGAGAGGAGAAUGUGAUGGUCAGUCCUGGGGUGGAAUGUUGCCAGACUUACCACUGAAUGUUGCCAGACUUACCACUGAAUGUUGCCAGACUUACCACUGAAUGUUGCCAGACUUACCACUAGCCACUGCCCCAAAAAUGAACCUUGGCCUUAUGAGAUGCAGGCUCAUCUUCUGAGACUGUCGUUUGGAAAAAAAAGGCACGUCUUGUGAGCCGUCAAAUGUGGUAAUACAUCUGUUGUAGUUAUUACUGUUUAUAUAUUUACUAUUUCAAUCCCUGUCAUAGUGAGCAAAUCAAGACAUUGUAUUAUAUUUA